AUGGCGACUGCACCUUUGUUAGGCCAGCAGCAGAAGAAGGGCCACUCCAAAGCGUCCAUCUUCUAUGGUGCGGAUGAGUACUUGGAGGAGUUGAAGCGCAAAUACGCCCGGGACCACGAGAUUGCGGCUAUGAAGAACUUGCUCCCAGGUGAAGCUGACCCCAAUGCUGCGGGAGUGGCGCAAAGUCAGGACAAGAUGUUGAAGGUGGAAAAGAACAACGAGAACAGGAGCUUGAAGACCAACCGUUUGUUCCCCACCGCGAACAAACCAGAUCCCAUGCCUCAGAAUUUGGCAUUCUUGUUCACCAAGAUUACGCCGGAGCAAAUGAUGUAUAUGUGGAAUGUCUUGACCGCCAUCUUCGUGACGCAAGUCUUGAUGAUCAUGGCUUAUUGCGCUGCAUUGGCCAUGUUCCCCGCGCAUUGGUGGACUUGCACACUUUUCUUCGGCGUGCCCUUUUCCUACAUUGCCAUCCAGCAGAUCUACAUCGAUCACGAUGUGAUGCACGGGGCCACCUUCCCGGUCUAUGAGUUCCAGAAGUUCUUGACACAUCCGUUUGCAGACUUCUUUUCCUUGCCCUGGGAGGAAUUUGUAUUGGAGCACAAUCGCCACCACGCCAGCACUGUGGAUCUGUUGAUCCAGGGCGAAUUUGGUUGGGAUCCAGAGGAGUUCCACUACGCACUGCAGCAGUGGGCAGGACCUUUCAGCACCAACUGGUACAAGUACUUCUUGACCGUACCAUGGAUUCCUGUGAUUCACUUCUUUGGUCUCAACGACACUGGCUCUUUGUUCGCCCUAGAAUGGUGGAUGCACUUCCCUGAUGAGGGUGCAGGUGGCAAGUGCAACAAAGAAUUCUGGAGCAAAUGGGUGCCACGACGCGUGAAGCACAACCUCUUCGUGCUGUCCCUGUGGCUCUGCGUCUGGUUGUUGGGCACCUGGCCUUUGGGAAGGCCCUUGAGCGAAGGCUGGAGGUUCAUGUUCACCGUGUCCUUCUUUGCUCGUGUUGGCUUCAGCUUGGCUUGGAUGUUCAUUACCAACUUCACCCACUCUUUGCCUUGGAACGAGUUCUUGGCACAGGACCCUGGGCGCACCUGGCCCAUCCUCCACAAUGUUAUGGCCUUGGUCUUGGGUGGCAAGCACCGUUGGAACGAGAUGCUGUUCCAUGAUGUUCACCACGCCUUCCCCAACGCCGUGGGCACCCUGAGCCAACGCGGCCGUUUCCACGGCUGGGAAAAGGUCCAUGACGCGGCCGCGGAGGUCUUGCACCGCGGCUUGUGGAAGCCCAAUGGCGAUGAGGAGACCCAGAUGCAGAAGACGCAGAAGAAGCGUUCUCUGAUGAUGAAUACGGAUCUCAUUGAGACUUUGGAGCUCGAAAACCUCAUCAACCAGGCCGCUCAGGAGAUGUACGCCGCGGAAGCGCGCAAGGAGUCCCGCGGCGCCCAUGCGCACGAGAACUUCCCGGAACGCGACGAUGAGAAUUGGAUGAAGCACACCCUUUCUUGGCUGGAUAAGCCUUAUGUCGAGGAUGCCAAGGCGGGAAAGGGAAUUCUUCUCAAGGUCUGGAAGUUUCAAAGGAUUAGAUAA